AUGCCUCUACUACCAAGAGAUGAGGUCCUUUCGGAAUUACAUUUAAUCAGAUAUCUCGCUACUAAAGUAUUCCUUUACCCUUUUAUAGGACGAUCAAAGCUGGCCAUGAUUGGGUACGCACUUACCAUAUUUCUAGUUUUAUCUACAACUUUACAACUUAUAAUAACUAUUGUGUCAGCAAAUACCUCCGAAUGGCUGGUCAUAAUCAAUGCCGCUCCAAAUUUAGGCGUUUGUGUAAUGUCCGCAAUAAAAUACACAAAAAUACAAAUUCAUAAAAAACGUUAUAACCAGAUAUUUUUACAUUUCCAAGAUGAAAUGUGGGACGUUGUUUCAAAUUCCGAUAUGCAUAGAAAGAUAAUAAGGUACUACAAAAAACUUGCCAUGAUCAUAAAUCGAUUUUUUCUGUACUAUUCGAUUCCUUUGAUAAUUGUUGUCGACUCUUUCCCAUACAUUGUAAUGUGGUUUGAAGAGAGAUUCCUGGGAAUAAAGGAAUAUUUGUAUCCAUUUGAAGCUUGGUAUCCUUUUGAUAAAAUUAAGUUUUACGCUCCUGCGUAUAUAUGGGAGAGCUGCAUGACAGCUGUUGUUGUAAGUCUGUAUGUUAUGACGAAUAUGUUACACGCAACAUACAUAAUAUUUACUUGUAUGGAGUUGAGGAUACUGGGAAAUUGUCUGGAAGAGCUAAUAAGCGAAAAAGAUGUUGACAAUAUAAAGAAGGGUGUAGAAAUUAAUGGGAUAUAUAAACGAUCUGUGACUAAAAUAAAAAUGAUUAUUUCAAGACAUGACAUUUUGGCUAAACAAAUUGGAGCGCUUGACACCAUUUUAGGCGAUACAAUGAUUAUAAAUUAUUCUCUUGGAGCAGUGUUCAUUUCUCUUACAGCAUUCACAUCCACAGUUGUCGGUAACUUCUAUAAACGCGUUCGAUAUUCCUACAUGUGUUUGUCACUAAUUGUCGAAUGUUUCAGUCAGUGUUUCAUGGGGCAAAUCAUAAGCGAUCAUAGUCAGAAUUUAACAAACUCUAUCUAUUCGUCUAAUUGGCCUUAUGCAAGUCCAGAGACUAAGACAAUUAUGUUACUGUUCAUGAUGCGUACCCAGAAGCCAUUUGAACUGACUGCCAAAGGUUAUAUAGUUAUGAACAUGGAUACAUUCCGCCGCAUAUGCAGGACGUCCUAUCAAUUAUUCAAUCUACUACGCACAAUCUACGCCUGA